CUCAUCUCUACAGCCCAGCAUGGACACUCUGGUAACCCCCGGGAAUAUUCGCGUUGCGCAAGGCUUGGUGUGAAGUAGUUCCUGAAAUGCAGCAGACAGCGAGCCACCUGCUGGAGUUCCCCACAUAAAAAGAAGCGCGUCGCCUGCUCCAAACACUCCAGUAUUGGCGCGACGCUCGCACCACUUGGUCACUCUGCGCUCCUGCUGCUACUACUGCUACUGCUGCUGUUGCUGUUGCUGCUGCUGUUUUGAUCUCGGUACUAACGUGUGUGGUGCGGCGUCCAGCCAGGCACAGACGGCGAGGCAUCGGAAUCACAACACAGGUCUACACGUGCCUCCCCAUAUCCCUCUCUCCCGCGGCUCACUCCUCAGUAGUCACCAUGCAGUCCUUCACGCUGGUCUCCUCCGUGGCGGUGCUGUUGGUGGUGGUGUUGCUGCCCUCCUCUCAUGUAGUCCAUGCCCGUGGUGUGAGGGUGGCCCGGCAGACUUCAGGUGCGCCCUCCGCCUUCCCCAAUGGAGGGACAGUUCCCGUUAAGUUUGGAGGGGGCAGACCUGCUUCUCGGCCUAGCGUGGGUGCUCUUAUCAGCGACUCAUCGGCCAGUAAUCGCAACUCGCCUCCCCCCAUCGUGUUCGGUCCCCGCCCACAACGCUUCCCCUCAACACGCCCACGCCCGCGUCCCAACCCUUGGUUUUUUAGAGGCUUCUGAUCACAGUGUGUUUGUCUUCAUAAUCUUUAAUUUAUUAAGAAAAUCUGUGCAACUUGAAUGAUGAUUUUCUUUUCUCGAGUACCUGUUUCAUGAAAUGUUGAAAUAUUUCGAAUAAUGAUAAUUUGUUGGUAACCAAUAAACGUAUGAAAUGUA